GUCACUUCAUUUUUCACGUAACAAAGACUCUUUGCCGUUAAGUCUGGUACUCGAGGGGACCGUCAUCACUCUCACCACUAAAUGGAAACAGAAGUGGAAGCCGUUGAUAACGGCAACGGCACCACUGUUGCUGAAAUCAACGUCCCAUCACCACCACCCCUAGAUGGCGGCGAAGGGGGCGAUUGUGGAAGCCGCGACGAUUCGGCGGCGGGAGGGCGAACGCGUAAACAGCGAGUGAAGGGGCCCUGGUCCCCUGAGGAAGAUGCGAUUCUGAGCGAACUUGUGAGCAAGUUUGGGGCGAGGAAUUGGAGCUUGAUUGCGCGUGGAAUCGCCGGUCGUUCUGGGAAGUCGUGUCGGCUUCGUUGGUGUAAUCAGCUUGACCCGGCCGUUAAGCGCAAGCCAUUUACUGAUGAGGAGGAUCGGAUGAUUAUUUCUGCACAUGCAGUACAUGGGAACAAAUGGGCUGUGAUUGCAAGGCUUCUACCUGGAAGAACAGAUAAUGCUAUAAAAAAUCAUUGGAAUUCCACAUUGCGGCGCCGGUACAUGGAUCUUGGUAGAAUAAACACGGAAUCUGCAAAUAUGAUGGAAGAUGCUGGCUGCUUGGACAAAACCAAGGCAUCAUCUGAAGAAACUCUGUCUUGUGCGGAGGACAGUUCUUUCAGAUCCCUGGAAUGGAAAGACGCAAGCUCCUCAGAAAAGUUAGAUAAUCAAUCAAAGGGCAAAGCACUAGCAGGGACUCAAUCUAACCAUGAAUUAAUUGAACCACCAACUCUUUUCCGUCCUGUGGCCCGUAUCAGUGCUUUUAAUGUUUAUAAUAACAUGGAUGCACCUGAAUUUGUUUCACCAUGUUCAAGGCCAGUUCCGGUGCUAGGCCCUUCCAUUCAAACAUCAAAGCCAGAUGUUGGAACAUGCAAAUUGCUUGAAGGAGUUUACACUGAUCGUUUAGUACCUCUGCAUUGUGGUCAUGGCUGUUGUGGAACUCAAAAUGGUCAAAAUAAGUCUUUGCUGGGGCCAGAAUUUGUGGAAUUUUCAGAACCUCCAUCUUUUCCAAAUUACGAGUUGGCUGCAAUAGCCACUGAUAUAAGCAACCUUGCAUGGCUGAAAAGUGGAUUGGAAAAUAACAGCGUCAGGGCAAUGGAUGAUGCAACUGCUGGUACAUCUCAUAGAUCUCAAGUGCACAUGGGACAUUUUGAGGAGAGCCAAAUGAGCGAUCGUUUACGUAUUGAAGAGAGAAACAGCAAGUUUAUGGGCACUAUGACCAACCUGCUGUCAACAUAAAAUAUGAGGCAACUCUACUUCUAAGUCGAGAGAAGGUGGUCAAAAAAAUUAUGAAAGAUGGUAGUCUUGGCCUUCAAAUUAGCUUGAGAGUGAUGCUGUAAUGGGAUCCUGAUUUCUUGUGUUCAAGGUAAUCGCCAUAUGGUACUGAAUUAUAAGAAGGGCUCAAUUGUUUCAUGUUCAUUGCUAUGCUUGACCUAGAUGCUUAAAUGGACAUAGUGGCUGAUAAGUUUGAUGCAGGGGAGCUUGUUUACGUAUUCGUUUUACAAACAAUGCCUAUUAACAUCCUUGUACCAGCAUGAAUUGAUGAUAAAGCUUGGAAAAUAUUGAUUUACAAUCUAAUUACUACUAGUCAUCGUUUUUGCUCCGUA